AUGACAUUAGAAACGCCACAGAUAUACAAGUUUCCACCUCUUUAUACUCCUCAAACGAACAAAUUAAUCAGAAAGCAGCAGUUGCAAACCUGGGAAUCCAUAAUAUUACAGACGUGCGCGCAACUCUCAAAAUGGUGUAUAAACAAAAAUGGCAAGAUUUAUGACCAAAGUACGGGGGAACUACUAAUAUCGAUAUUCGAAAACCCUGAAAUACAACGAGCUUGUAGCCUAGAAUUUCAGCAAGAAAUUUGGGCGUACAUGCUACAAAAUGAGACUGCAUUACAAUUAAAAGAAUCCGAGGAUUCCAACAUGAUAGCUAUAUUCUGGGAAUCACUAGACUCAUGGAGCUCUACCAUUCUAGAAUGGUGUGAAACUAGUGGGAAACUCAACCAGGUAAUUACCAUAUAUGAAAUCUGUGAGAGUGACGAAAACACCAAUUGCAAAUUCUACGGAAUGCCUAGUUCAUUUUGCCUUUUGGUGCUUCAUAGACUAGUUGAUCGUAAUAGAGCUACGUUACUAAAAGACCAAGGGAAGAUUGUUGGUGUCAAAAUAGUAUGA